AUGUCGGGUAACACAGUUAUUACAGUUACUAAUAUUUCAGAGGUUCUCAUAUCGGAUUAUGACUUGAGAGCUCUUGCAUUCGCCGAUUGUGGAAGAUUUAAACCAGAAAUAUAUGAAAUCCGGGAAAGCGCAAAAGAUGGCCGACUAUAUGUCAUUGUCAAAAAUACAAAUGAUAGAACAGAUUCACCCCUACUUAAAUUGAUAAGGAAUACUCAAGACAAGCGUGACCCAGACCAGGCAGAAGAUCUAGAAUGGCGUACAAAACCACCAAUAGAAUCACUUGUGAAUAAAUUAGUUGAAAAACUGAAAUUGAUUCAGAAUCAAAAUAGAGAAUCGUUAAUUGAUAAUAACGAUAAACUUGUGGUUGAAGUUCAAGAUGACGACGAUGAUAGAGAUAGGAAUGAAAAUCAAUUGAAAAAAGAGAGGAACAAGGCGUCGGAAUACCACCCGCCGAUCCUGAGAUCUUUUGGAAAAGAUGAAGAUAUGCCAGAUAUAACAGAUAAUGUUGUUACAAAUGAUAACUCAAUAUUUUUUCAUGAGACCUCGUUAAAAGGACGACUGACUAUUCGACAAGCAUGUUGCGUAGAAUCGUGUGCUAGAAUGAAUUUAAAAUCUGAUAUUAAUGUUAUAUUUUCAUCUGCGAUUAAUAAAUCUCAUUUAGAAAUGGUCAAGCUGUUAUGUAAAUUUGAUAAUAUAAAAUUUUAUGAAGUGAAUAUUGAAAGAUACGUUAAAGGAACUCCCAUGGAGGAUUUUGAUGUUAGUACUCUUUUGAGAUCACCCUGGCCAAUGCAGGUGACUUCAGAUGCUUUGAGAUAUUUAACUUUGUACAAAUGGAGUGGGAUUUAUGUAGAUCUGGACAUAAUGGUUGUAAGACCUUUAAGAUUUUUGGGAAACAACUGGGCAGCAUUGGAAAAUAAAAGGGAAAUCGGUUCGGCAGCGCUUUCCUUUGGAAGAGAUGAUUUGGGAAGAUAUGUGGCUGAAAGAGUUAUCAUGUAUGUAAAUAAUGAUGAUUAUUAUGAUUUCCUCUUACAUGGUUUGGAAGUAAAAGCGUUUGUUCGACUUGUUGUCUGUUUCAAAAUAUACAGCAACCUUACAUUUUCUCCAAUUUCGUACGUGGAAGCGAGCCUAUACUUCCAAGCGAAUGCACUAACGAGAUUCAAUUCAAACGAAAUAUACGGCUAUCACAUGUAUAAUUUUGUGACGAAGAAUCUCAAAAUUGAAAAGAACUCUUUCUAUGCUAAUUUGGCUAAGGAAUUCUGCCCGAAGAUUUAUAAAGAAUAUAUUCAUGAGUUCUCUUAUUAA